AUGAGCUCAUUGAAACUGGAGGAGCCGCCUCCCACGUCGACUACAUCGCAAGAGGGGGGGUUCAGAUUUUGGUCCAUCUCGCUGGACACCGUAGACGACAAGAGAGGGGAGCUUGCUUACCGGAGCAACGCAGCAAUGUCCAGUAUCAUGAUCGUUGCUGGUCUUUUCGCCUCGUCGGUCUCUGUGUUCGUCGUGAACGGCCCCAACUCCCUGUUACCCGACUCAAGCGCCCAGGCCGGGAAUCUGGCGCUUGCUCGCACGAAUGCGCUUUUGGCACAACUGUUGGUUUCGAACAUAACCUCAGCAGUGUCGGACUUCGAGAUCGAGUCGUUCCAUCCGACUGAGAUCGAUGUAGCCGUCAAUAUACUGUGGUCCUUCGCCCUUGUUCUCUCGUUGUUCUGUGCUAUUCUGGCAACCUUGGCCCAGAGCUGGUUGAGCGAUCCCAUGAGGAAAGGCCCCCCCGUGACCGCCGCAUUAGAGGAACAUGCGUUCGGACGACUCCGGGAACUCGUGGCCAUUCGCCGCUACGGUCUCGAUCAUACCGAAGGAGUAGUCGUCGGACUGCUGCACUCAGCCGUGAUCGUAUUCCUCAUAGGACUGGCCAUUCAUUUCUCCACGAUCAAUACAACUUUGGCCGUUGCCGUCGCGGUUCUCUGCGUCGGGGUCGCGCUGUUUUACAUCGUCGCCAGCUUUAUCCCUCUGUUCGACUCGGACUGUCCUUCUUAUACGCCCUUGUCGUACCUCAUCCGGGCGGCCGCACUCAGUCUGGUCACAAUUCUGUCCUGCAUUGUGCUCUACGCCAUAUGCGUGUGCUAUGCGGUGCGGGGUUGGAUAUCCAACAAGCACAUAGACCUCCGUGAUAUCAGUCUUCGGCGCAUCGUGGUCUUCUUGAUGCACCCCAGUCAAAGCGCGCAGCUUCUGCAAGAUAUGGUAGCGUCCCUCAUGCGCGGAUCCCCCGCUACGGAACGCGAAGAGCUUAUCAAGAACCACUUCGGGAAGCUCUCACACCACGGCCCGUUCACGGCAAGAGAGCUGAUCAACGUCGCGACGCUCGCAUGGCCAUCCCUGCUAUCAACUCCCGACGCCCUCUGGUACAUGACCAGGUGCCUCAUCAGCAUGGAGCAACAGGGCGUCUCGGACUUCUUCGCAUACCUUCGCAACGACCGCGACAUCAUGGCGAACAUUGCUGCAGUGUUGGACAGCGUCGUGACUGUUCCCGCGGCGAUCGGGGCGGUCCGCUUCCUACAGAUGCUCGUUUCGGCAGAGGGUUCCACGGAGCGUGAUUCUCGCCGCUUUACCAACGGGGAUUGGCGCUGGGAGAACAUGGACGCCAUCUUCGACGUUUUGUCCGCUUUCAUCAAGCGAGUAGGUGCUCUCAACGCCGAAGCCCUACGGCAGGGCGACCUCACCUUGCACACGGCCAUAUCGAGCUUCCGCUCGUCGCUCAUAGUGGCCUGGGGCGAUAUCGUAGGGAACCCCCGUACACCCGAGGACCUCGGAUUCCUAGCCAGGAGCAAAAUACGUUGGCUCCUCACCGAACUUCACGACACUGACGGUCUUCGCAUGUGCAAGGUGUCAUCGAGCGACCAUGACGAUCUGAACGUGCUCUUCGACUCGUCCGUCGAUCCUCGCCUCGAGCUCGCUGCCCGCAGCACGUUGACGUACUUGAAGGGCGUGCAGGAAUGCGGAUGGCCUCCUGGCUGGCAUAAGCCUGACGAACCCUACCUCCCCAAGGGAUACCCCGAGAUGUGGGCGUGGCGCCGCAUGUUUGCUCCGAAACACCUUUGGCAACCCCCUCCUGCCUCCGACUGUUUGCGAGAGCUCCUCGAUCAGGAGUAUGCCAAACUUUCGGCGCAUGCGUGUCCAAGCGCCGACAUUACCUCUAUGCCGCUCGAUGCCGUCGCGUUGAACGUGCUAAACGAUCUUUCAAGCAUCGUUGACUGUCGAGCGCCUUCUCAGUCAAACAGCUUCGCCGAGCACAGCUCCGUCGAGCACAGCUUCGCCGAGCACAGCACGCUCUCGACACCGCCACAGGCAUACUUCGAUCGCCGUAGUUGCAACGGGAGUGCUAAGUAG